AUGUAACACACAGGCCACAGUCUUCUCAAUGCUUACUGAGGACCAAGCAAUCUUUAGUGAAUAGCCGGAGCAACGUUAAGCCUACUUAGAUAAAGAAGGAAAAAAAGCAACUUUACCCGCUAUUAAUUAUACUUGAGACUCUUCAUAUUGGCCUAUUAACUGUAAGACAAUUUGCAGCCCUGGAGCACUCUAACAGAAACCAAGUUUUACGGAUGCAAGACAGAAGCUGUGGCCAGGCAUUGCCUCUUUCUUUAAUGCUGAAGGAUGCUUACUGUGCAGAGAGAGGCACCAGUAAGGGACAUCCUGAAAAUAUGUCAGAAGCUUCAUCCAACCAUGAAUUUUUCUAUGAUUCCCUACCGGACAUACAGAACGGGGAAUUUUCAAAUGAACUUUCUGCCUUCCUUACCCAGGAGGAGAUAUGUAAGAGCCUUGACAUAGCUCAGGAAGCCAUUGCUAAUUCCAUGAAGGAGGAUCAGAAUGCAUCACCAGACUUUACUCAUUAUUUCAACACCGCUCUUUCUAGCACUUCAGAAAAUCUUUCUUUCAGAGAUACCAAACUGCAUGAGCAAGAUGCUUUACAGAGGCCUCAAGCAAGCAGUCUGACUUCAUCUGCUGCAAGUCAUGUUCUCCCAGGGAAUCAGAAAGAGCAAUCCACUGCACCUCAAACAGCAAGUAGUUUUGUCACAGUUUCCAGGAGGCAGGCAAGCACCUCACCUUUGCUAACUGCUAGUCCCAGCUUUGUUAGAAGCCUGAGACAUUCAGAAAAAGAUGGCCCAGAUAUGCCCAAGACAAGCCCAAAUUCCGAAUCGGCAUCCCAAGGAGAAGUUCCUUUCAGGAACAAGCUGUGUGACAAAGCUGCCACAUUCAUAGAGGAAUUGUCAUCUAUAUUUAGACAGGCAGCAAAGACAAGAGGUCGAAGUCCUGAUGGGGACUCCUCUUCUCCAGACAGUGGAUACCUGUCUCCUAAAAAGAAACAACCAGCUGUAAGUACCUCAGUGAACCAGGAGUUUGACAGGCCACAUCAAGAGCCUGAGCCUGAGACAAAAUUAUCUGGAGUUCAUCUGAAUGAACACUUUUCUGAAAGGGAAAGCAUCACUCAGAGCGAAAUGGUCCUUUGCCACCCCUUCAUCAACAUGGAAGAGAAUGAACCUUCACCACCUCAAUUCACUCAGAAGCUCCGGAGCCAGGAAGUUGCUGAAGGAAACAAAGUAUUGCUGGAAUGCAGAGUUGCUGGCAACCCAGUCCCUGAUGUCAGAUGGUUCUGUGAAGGAAAAGAACUCCAGAAUACGCCUGACAUUCAGAUCCGUUCUGGAAGUGGAGGACUUCAUUCACUAAUUAUAGCAGAAGCCUUUGAAGACGAUACUGGACGCUAUACUUGUCUGGCUUCAAAUUCCGUUGGUUCAGAUAGUACAUCAGCUGAAAUAUUCAUUGAAGGUGCCAGUUCCACAGACUCGGAGAGUGAAAGUUUAAUUUUCAAAUCAAAAUCUGGAGCUAUGCCACAGGCCCAAAAGAAAACCACCUCUGUUUCCUUGACAAUAGGAUCUUCCACACCAAAGUCUGGAGUCACCACAGCUGUGAUUCAACCUAUCUCUGUGCCCAGUCAGCAGGUUCAAAGCCCUACUUCAUAUCUGCACCGUGUGGAUGGACCUAAGUCUAUCUAUUCUGCACCCAUUUUUACAAAGGAACUACAAAACUCCACAGCAUCUGAGGGACAAGUUGUGGUAUUGGAAUGCAGGGUCAGAGGACCCCCUCCCAUUCAUGUUAAGUGGUUUCGACAGGGCGUUGAAAUUCAAGAUUCUCCAGACUUCAGAAUUCUCCAAAAAAAGCCACGAUCUGCAACUGAACCUGAAGAGAUAUGUACCCUUGUAAUUGCAGAAACUUUUCCUGAAGAUUCAGGACUUUUCACAUGCACAGCAACAAAUGAACAUGGUUCAGUAACAAGCAGCGCGCAACUAACUGUCUGCUCAGCCAACUCAGAAAGCUCCGCUCAUGAAUCACUGACAAGAGAAUCCAACAGUGAUGAUUUCCAUCAUUUCCCACCACUUCCUCCAGUUGAAAUUAGCUCUCUUGAGUUUCCUCCUAAGAAACAUUCAGAGACCCACCAAGCAAACAACAGUGAGUUGAGAUCUGGUGUGACAGCCCUUCAACUACAGCUCAAUUCUUCUGAGGAAAAAACAAAUGGCAUCCAUCCCAUUCAUGGAGUAAAUGGAAUGAUUAACAGCAAGCCAAAUGGUGAUAAAUCCAUCCCACCUCCAGCUGUCUUGCUUUCACCCGCAAAGGAGCCACCACCUGUGCUUGCCAAACCAAAGCUGGACCCUAUAAAAAUACAGCAGCUGCAGAACCAAAUUCGUCUGGAGCAAGAAAGUGGCCAGUGGUAUCGUCACCAACAGCAACCUGACCAUCAUCAGCACCCUCCCUCUUCUCCUUCCUUUCCUCCUCCCCCCUCCUUCCAGGAGCUUGAGUCCAGCCAGUCUGUCACCUCUCCUGUGCCAAUGAGUAUUCUUAACUCUCAUACUUCCCCAACCAUGCAGUCUUCCAGCUCCUUCAACUAUGCUCGGCCUAAGCAGUUCAUUGCUGCUCAGAAUAUCAGCCCUGCUUCAGGUUAUGUGACUCCGUCUUCAGGAUCAUCUACAUCCAGCCUUCCUUCUCCUAUGUCUCCAACUGCUUCUCAGAAACAGUUUGGGAGAGUGCCUGUUCCCCCUUUCCCUCAGCAGUUUGCUCCAGAAGGGGAGUACGCCUGGUCUCCUUCUUCUCCAUCCCCUCCACCCCCACCUCCACCUGUCUUUAGUCCAACCACGACAUAUCCAGUGUGUGAUUCCUUUCCUCUUCCACCUCCUCCGCCCCCUCCUCUUCCUUCAGUUUCUUCACCUUCCCACAGCCUGUCUCCAACUCCCAGAUUUCCUAAUUCCGGCCAGUCUCCAGCAGCUUUUCUCAGCUCCAUGCUGCCAUCCCAGCCACCACCCGUUUCUGUCAACGCAUUAGGCCUCCCAAAAGGAGUGACUCCUCCGGGAUUUCCCAAGAAAACAGGCAGAACUGCUAGGAUAGCAUCAGAUGAAGAGAUUCAAGGGUCAAAAGAUGCUGUAAUUCAGGAUCUGGAAAGAAAACUUCGCUUCAAGGAGGACCUUUUGAACAACGGGCAACCGAGAUUAACAUACGAGGAGAAAAUGGCUCGUCGAUUGCUGGGAGCAGACAGUGCUGCAACUGUCUUCAAUAUACAGGAACCAGAAGAGGAGCCUUCUAUACAGGAAGCUCGCUCUGUUGGUGCUUCUGUAAUGAGUCCUGUGGAUAUUCAAAAGGAGUAUAAAGUCUCCAGUUUUGAGCAAAGAUUGAUCAGUGAGAUUGAAUACAGGCUGGAGAGAUCUCCUGUGGAAGAAUCAGAUGACGAGGUGCAACAUGGAGAUGAACCUAUUGAUAACAGUAUGUCACCAUAUUUUGAGAUAAAGCUGAAGCAUUACAAAAUCUUUGAGGGAAUGCCAGUCACAUUUACAUGCAAAGUGGCAGGAAAUCCAAAGCCAAAGAUUUAUUGGUUUAAAGAUGGGAAGCAAAUUUCUAAACGAAGCGAUCACUACCGAAUUCAAAGAGAACCUGAUGGAACUUGCUCCCUGCAUACGGCAGCCUCCACCCUGGAUGAUGAUGGGAAUUACACUAUUAUGGCUGCUAACCCACAGGGCAGAAUAAGCUGCACGGGCAGGCUGAUGGUUCAAGCCGUAAAUCAAAGAGGCCGCAGUCCUUGGUCACCCUCUGGUCAGCCUCAUAUCAGAAGACCACGAUCUCGAUCAAGGGACAGUGGUGAUGAAAAUGAACCAAUUCAGGAAAGAUUCUUCCGGCCUCAUUUUCUGCAGGCUCCUGGAGACCUGACCGUUCAAGAAGGAAAACUCUGCAGAAUGGACUGCAAGGUUAGUGGAUUACCGACUCCAGACUUAAGCUGGCAACUUAAUGGAAGACCAAUUCGCCCCGAUAGUUCUCACAAAAUGUUGGUGCGUGAGAAUGGCGUGCACUCCUUGAUCAUAGAACCAGUCACAGCCAGAGAUGCCGGAAUCUACACGUGUGUUGCCAGCAAUCGAGCUGGGGAAAACACAUUCAGCCUGGAGCUCAUCGUUGCAGCUAAGGAAGUACACAAAGCACCUGUGUUUAUAGAGAAGCUACAAAACACAGGUGUGACUGAGGGAUUCCCAGUGCGACUGGAGUGUCGAAUCUCGGGGGAGCCAUCUCCUCAGAUAUUUUGGAAGAAAGAGAACGAGUCACUCACAUACAACACCGACCGAGUGAGCAUGCACCAGGAUAACUACGGCUACAUUUGCCUGCUUAUUCAGGGAGCUACAAAGGAGGAUGCGGGCUGGUACACCGUGUCAGCUAAGAAUGAGGCUGGGAUUGUGUCUUGCACUGCCAGGUUGGAUGUUUAUACUCAGUGGCAACAACCACCUCAGACAACCAAGCCAAAGAAGGUGCGGCCCUCAGCCAGCCGAUACGCUGCACUUUGUGACCAAGGACUAGACAUCAAAGCAGCUUUCCAGCCUGAAGCAAAUCCAGUCCACCUGACGAUGCAAUCCGGCUUGGUAGAGAGCGAUGAUCUGUAGAUCCAACUGCCACUUCCAUCAUUUUCUUUCGAAGCAGAAACACUGAAGCCAUUGCCUUGACCAAUGAUACUCCUAUGUCACUUUAUGCAAAGGCAAACACCUUCAAGUACAAAAGAUAAACAACAAACACAAUAACCAUAUAUUCCUUAUUCAUUAUACCAAAUUAGAAGAAUAGAUAGAUUAUUAAUAGAGAUGUACACAUUGCACAACAAAUCACAUUCACCAGUUCCUUAUACCUAAGUUGCUUCAGCUCUUACGAAUAACCCUUUUCAUAAAGGCCAAAAUACAUCAGAGAGACAGAUUUUUCAGAGGAGAACACUGUUUAUCACUACGUGCCUUCAUAAGCAAUAAGUAGAUACUACACAAUCGUAAUGGUGCAAGAUGUUUUAUUUGAGACCAUUAGAUCACAGAGAAAAUUAGAAUGUAUGGUUAUCUAUAGUUCUAAAAUGGCAACGCAUUCUGAUAGCGACAAUGAACAAGUGCAAUAUUGUAAGAAUAAAACAGGAAAGGACAAGGAAGAGAAACGUAAGCCAAUGCUGUAUCUCUGCAAACUGCUUUCUGUUCUACAAUGAAAAAAAUAUCUUGCCUUAAAUGCUGUUGGUAUGGACAAUUCUAUAAAGCAACAUCAACACCCUAAUUUUAAAUUCCUUUGUAUUUUUCUUUUUUUGCCAUCUAGGAGGAGGCUUACUUACAAACAUACCGCAAAGACAGUUUAAGCGUAAGCAAUUUAACCUCUUCAAGAUAAUGAAGCAAGAGCUGACCUGUAACAGCAGUCUACUCCAGACCAUAAAUAUUGGUAACUAGACAGGGGAAAAAUGGUGGGAGGGGACGUGGCAAGAGAUUGAACCUCUCUAUGGAAUUCCUAAAGACAGUCUGUAACCUCGUCAUGUUCCCAUUCGAGAAUCUGAAAUUCUACGGUGAGACGAAAACUAGGGAGUGUACGUAUGGCACGUUCGACUGUUUAAAGCUUGUGUAAUGUGUAUGAGGAUUUUGGAAAUGUAUUGUAAGUGAAAAAUGGGUUGAGACUGCAAUAUGAACUUAAAUGACAAGUAUACACCACAGGUGAUAAGCUUGCAGAUCUGAGGAAGUAGAAAAUGAAGAUGGACAAAACCAACAUCAAAUUUGCGCUUUUUUUUUUUUUUCUUCUUAACUUAACACAUGUCUCUGGUAGAUUUUAUUUUUUUCUGCUCCCGAUUGCAGACAAAUGACAGCUCUGUUAAUGGGUAGAGUCUGUGCGCCGCAGAUGAAAAGCCUGAAGGCUAGUUUCAGAAUGCAAGGCAAAUCCCCAUCAAACUGGAGCCCCCCCUAAGCCAGCCCUGCCUAGGUAGUUUUAAAUUAGAACCACAUGGAUUUCAGAUGAAGGGGAGGGAGGGAUGGAAGAAUUACUAGGCCUGACAAGGAAAAUGAGCAUUUGAUGGUACGAGCAUACUUCGCUAUGAAAGGAAAACACUGUAUUCCUUAUAUGAAGCACAUAUAUGGUAUCUUUCAUUAUUUAUAAUAAAAGUGUUGAAAUCUUUUAUCUCAGUUCAGUUAUUCAGAAGUCCUGUACUUAGGGGUUUUUUUUAAUUUUGUAAUUGUGUACACCAUAUAUUGCAUUACUGCUAUACGUGUAUUGCUUUGUUAGUACACAAAGUUUGUUUUGUUUUUUAGUGACUAAUAAACUUUAGCACAUAAGGUAGUACUGUUCUGGUGCAGGAUAUGACCAGUUACGGGGAUCGUUAAUCUAGAUUAACGUCAUAGUCUGUCAUGUGGGAAUAACCUGAUUCUAUUCUAGAAAAAGUAUGUCAUAUCAUUUGCCAAAUUUUUCUUGACUGUGACAUGCUACUUUACUUUUUUGUUUAGCUUCACUAGCAUUAUUUUGCCACCUUUUAUUUGUAUUUAUAAAAAAAAAUGUAUUAUCAUUACUUUGGAUUGUUGUGCUGAUAUAAUGUGGGUUUAACAUCAAUAAAUAUUACACAAAUAGAAAGUUUUCCUUCUGGUAAAGACUAUUAACUCUUUCAGUACAAGCACCCAAGUGUAAGAUUUAGAAAUUUUAAAUACUAUGAAUACAGAUGAAAUGAGGGCUAUAUGCAGCAUCUAAAAAUGACCAGAAUUUAUCAAAAUAUUAUGCUUGUGAUCAAGAAUCUUGUUUAAAAAAAACGGAGGAACACGACCCAUAAAUUCAAAUAAGCUUUUGCCAAAUAAAAGUACCUGAAGAUGCUUUUUUUUAAUAGGUAACAAAAUAAGCAGGUCUAUUUUAUGUGUCUAGUAGCUGCAAUACGACAUCACUUACAACUGAUCCUAAGGGCAUGGCCCAAGUGCUGGUAAACUGGUGUAAGAACAGUCUUCUAAGAAGGCAAUACCAACAUUAAAAAAUAAAAUGUUAACAUUUACUUGUAAAAUCCUGAAUAUUAACUAGCUUCUCCUUCUUUCCUUUCUGUGCAAAGAUACUGGGAAAGAUGCAAGAUAAUAAUUUUUUUUCUUCUAGGUUUACAUUUCAAGCAUUGAUCACUAGAAACAGAAUUAUCUCAGCAAUUAAGUGAGCAGUGACAUUAACGGUGAUACUGCAACUGCAGUCAAUGGAGUUCUGUCUGCUUACAGUACAUUUGUCUUUGGCUUAGAGGCUAAAAAACUGAGACUGCUCUUGUGAGCUGGCUGAAGAUGAGGUCAUCAGUGCUUUUUGCCUCUGUAUAUAUGUAGAGACACACACUUAAGUAGUAAAUCACAUCUCUAAGCAGCAAAGUUGUUUUUAUGAAAACACUCAGCUGUGCUGUUACUUAGUUACUGGGACUGUUUGGGUUUACAAAUUCAGAGAUAGAAGUGUGGCACAGGAAAACGACAUACUUUUCAAGCCAAAAAUCUGAAAUUCUUGGAAGCAUCAAAGUAACUUUCAGAAGUUUAAUCUCCCUCCGCAAACUCCAAAGAUAGAUAGUACGACUUGACAGUGUACUUUUAUCAUUUCAUAGGACUAAAAAAAGAAGUCCUAUUUUUUUGCGAGACUUCAGGUUUAGCUCUGGGAAGACUCCAAAUUAUUUAGGAAGCUGCUCAGUCCUAGAGCAUUCAAAGCAAUCAAAGACUCAAUGCAACUACAUUCAGGACGAUGACAGAACCCUCUGUCAAGAGCACCAACAAUGAGGUGCAAAAUUCCACAUGCAUGAAGUUUGUUUCAGCUGGUGGUGUACCUUACCACACAACCCCUUUUUCCUGCAACUUCACCACCAGAACAACAAUUAGUUAACAUAAAUUUUCUUCCCUCACAGCCAACUGGGGGUUGGAGAUCAAAACCAAGCUACAGUACAAUUUGAAACCCUAGUUUAUUAAUCCUAGUUUCUUUCUAUAUCACCACUUUCAAAGACCAUUUUAAUUCACUUAGUUUGUACGCUAAUAAAUGCCUUGAUUCUCCACCUAUGGACAACUACAUCCUUAGCUCCGCCAGCAGCCCAAAUGGACUUACUGUGUCAGUAAAUACUUCACGAGAUCACAUUAUCCAUCGUGUCAUGAUGCUGAGGAGAUGAGCUGCGUGCUCCGGCUGCGUGACCCAGCUGUGUGGUAUAGAGGGAUUAACGCAGGCACUGGAAAUGCCUGCUCAGGUUAUGCACGUUGACAACAGACCUGAUUCAUGGCCUCACAAUGCAGCUGUACAUGCAAGGGGCACAAUUUGCUGACAUUUAGCUCAUUCUCCUGAAUUAGCUAAAAGAAAAAGCCCUCCCCCCCCGUAGUUUUUCUGUAUGAACAGAACCAUGAGCACUUAAGACACAUCAGGCAGAUGAAAACCCAGCUCCUGCCCCAAGAACUUUACAGUCUAUUCCAGACAGCACACAGUAUUCUUUAACGUGUCUUAAAGUUUGCAACUGUAAUUC